GGAGCUACAGCUUUGCAUGAAAACCUUGAGAACGGUCGUUUUCUCACGCUGAAAUUGUCAUCACGUGAACAGUUUUUUUUUUCAAACACAAAAUUGGCAAAUAAGGAAUUUGGCGGACAGUCCAUUUUAAAGAUUUAAUAAAUUUGGCGGAUUUGAAAUCUCUGAGAUUUUACUGAGAGGAAAAUAACUUUACUCACAAUAACGGAUAUUUUUGACGAUGGCGAAUAUACUACCAAACGACCGGGUAGCCGCUGAAAAAGUCGCGCGUAACCCGAAGUGUGCGAGAUGUCGGAACCACGGUCUCGUCGUGCCGUUAAAGGGCCAUUCGGGUCAAUGUCAGUUCAAGCCGUGCGUGUGCUGGAAGUGCUCUUUAAUCGCCGAGCGGACGAAGAUAUUAGCAUCGCAAAGGCGGAUCAAAACCGGUAUUGCAAACGAAUCUUCGAGCGACGAUCGUCCUAUUCGAUCGGGCGGGAAAAGGGUUGCUGCGGCUGAGAAUAAUGUAACUAUCGAUGUGGACCGUGAAACCGACACCAGUGCGAGACAGGAGAGCGUCAAAGCACAUGUUCAACGAGCUGACAUUGACGGUAAAACAUACACUGAACUUCACGCGCCAGUAAGGGGUCCGGUAAGCGCGAGCGCGGGUUACUGUGAGCUAAAGACACAAACGGGACUGAGCACUUUGGGAGAUCCACCACAUAUUCCAGGAGAGUACAUAAUUACAGAGGCAAUUCCAAGGCAUAUUUUUCCGGGAGAGAUGUUUGCAAUGCCUCUUCCAAUGUACCCGCACUACCCAGACAGGUACAUGUGCCCUGCCGUGCUGGUGACCCUGAGAUCCCCUGCACCAGGACCUUUUAGGGAACCUCUUGGGUUUCUUCCCUCACCUCCAGCUGCCUCGUCUCAUCUACUGGAGAGUCCUGAGUCUCAGUUUCAAAUGCCGUGUUACAGUCCAUACCCCACAUACCCAGUCCUGAGAGAUGAGCAUGGGCCAAGACCUCGCCACCUCAUGGAUGGAGAGCAAGGAAUACCUAAAGACCUUCCUGAACAAAGUCAUGUUGGCUGUAACCAGGAAUCAGAAAUCAUACCUGCUGAUGGACUUUCAUCAAAGAACACAGCAUGAGCAAAAAGAUACCCAGUUCCUCUUGAACUGAUGCCAUAGCAUUUGUCUUUACUUGUGCAAGAUAUACAAAAACCUGUUAUGAGUUCUACAUAUUUUUUCCAAUAUCAGCUGUAUAGCGUUGUUCCGCGUUCUUUAUUAUGAAAUUUUUAUAGAAACAACAUACUGUUUUUUUAGUUACCAUAAAAGCGACUGUUUCUACAUUUUAAUUUAGUACCCAAUUAAAUUUUCUAGUUCAACAGUUUAGGCUGUCUAUAUGUUGGAAAUUGACAUGGGCAUAAGUUAUGUUCAAUAUUUUUAUCAUAUUGCCUCCAGUUCAAGUUUUGUGAACAUGGCAGAUGUAACAUUGAAAUGCUAUUUUAGGAUACUGGUUCUUGAUGGAGCUUGAUUAAACGUUCUGUUUCUGUUGUAAUAACCAUUUGUUCUUAACUGAAGCAAAUUUCAGUUCUGCACUCACCAUUUAAUUUUGUAAUUUAUAUUAACAUAUUUGCCUUUUGUAACUGACUCCCAUCAGUAUUGCCUAGUUUGCACUCUUGAAAAUAGAAAUUAAGAUUCCCAGAAUGAACAGCUUGUUUC